AUUGCUGAGUCAAUCAAACCAAUAGCUACAAGCAAAAACCUCCUAUACUAUAUAACACCUUCUUCCUCCUUUCCAUUCAUCAUCUUCAAGAAACUAUUUAUCAACAAAAUACAAAGAUAGAAGAAAAGCUCAACUUAAAGCCAGAAGUCACGCCUAAAAAAGAUGGAUUCCAAUUCAGUGUCCAAGGACAAGAAGAAAAAUGUAAUUCAUUCAAUGCUGCUGUGCUGCAAGCUCUACAUAUCCGAAUCACGCAACAAAGAAGCUCUUGAACCCAUUGAGCGUGCUGCGAAACUUGAUCCAGAAACAGUCAUUAUUAACAAAUUUCAGGAUCGCGAUUACAAUCGUGUGAACUACACUCUUGUAUCAUAUGUUAUUCAUGACAGCACAGGCUGCCCUAUUUACAGCCCCUUGCAUCAAACUGUCGUGGCAAUGGUUGCUGCAGCCUAUGACGCCAUAAAUCUUGAGCAGCACUCGGGUGCUCAUCCUCGCCUUGGUGUCGUGGAUGACAUUCUCAUUCAUCCACUGGCGCGAGCUUCAUUGGAUGAAGCUGCUUGGCUUGCUAAAAAGGUUGCAGCUGAUAUUGGAAACCGGUUUCAAGUACCUGUUUAUUUAUAUGCUGCUGCUCACCCAAUGGGGAAAGCUUUGGACACAAUCAGGAGGGAGCUAGGCUAUUACCGGCCUAACUUCAGGGGCAUCCAAUGGGCAGGAUGGGCUCAACCAGAGCAGGUUCCGGUUAAACCUGAUGAAGGACCAGAAGUAGUGUCUCGAGCUAGAGGGGUCGUGAUGAUUGGAGCUCAUCAAUGGGUAGCCAUGUACAACAUUCCAAUUAUGUCGACUGAUCUCUCAGCUGCUAGACGGAUUGCUCAGAGGGUAAGUGCUCGAGGUGGAGGCCUACCCACCGUGCAAACUUUAGGCCUGUUUCACGGUGAGGACUCAACUGAGAUAGCUUGCAUUCUGCUGGAACCAAACCAAAUUGGAGCUGAUCGCGUCCAGAACCAUGUUGAGACACUGGCAUCUCAAGAAGGCUUGGAUACAGAGAAGGGGUAUUUUACUGAUUUGUCUCCUGAAAUGAUCAUUGAAAGAUAUAUGAAAUUAAUUUCUAAUUCGGACUGAUUUAUCUGUGUAAGCUGUGAAUAAACUUACUCACUCUUGCUUUAAGCUUCUGUCAAUAAUGGAAAUCAACUCACCCAUUUUUUCCUUUCA